UGUUUGUGUUGACAAGCCAAUAUGUCGGCUACCGGUGUGAGAGUUAGUGUUCAAGAUCAAUAUGUGAUCAUAGAUAAUGGCAUUCUCCAGUUGACUCUGUCAAAUCCAGAUGGGAUUGUGACGGGAGUUCGAUAUAACGGUCUUGAUAAUCUGAUGGAAGUUCUUAAUAAAGAAGAUAAUAGAGGGUAUUGGGAUCUUGCCUGGAAUGCACCUAGAGCCUCCGGAGCAUUUGAUGUUAUAAAAGGAACGGAUUUUAGAAUAAUACUUCAAAGUGAAGAGCAGGUGGAAGUUUCAUUCACAAGAACAUGGGCUCCAUCCCUCAAAGGCAAGCUCGUCCCCUUGAAGAUAGACAAAAGAUUUGUAGUGCUUCGUGGUAGCUCGGGCUUCUACACAUAUGCAACCUUCGAACACCUUCAAGGAUGGCCUGACUUCGAUAUUGAUGAAAUCAGGGUUACAUUCAAGCUUAGGAAAGAUAAGAUAGAUGCACAUCACACUAGAAAAAAUAUUGAUUUGGGUGACCUUGUUUACGAACCCCCAAGAGAUGGUGUCACCCUAUGGGAAAUAGGCGUCCCUGACCGUUCUGCUGCUGAAUUCUAUAUUCCAGAUCCAGAUCCUCGAUAUGUUAAUAGACUUUACGUCAAUCUUCCUACUGAUAGAUUUAGGCAAUAUGGCCUGUGGGACAGAUAUGCAGAAUUGCAUCCAGAUGGUGAUCUUGUUUAUACAAUUGGUAAAAGUGACUAUAAGAAAGAUUGGUUCUUUGCUCAAGUUACCAGGAAGACUAAGCAAAACUCGUAUCAGCCAACCACGUGGCAGAUUAAGUUUCAUCUUGAUAGCGUUAAUCAAAGUGGAAAUUACAAGCUUCGAGUUGCACUUGCAUCUGCUACCCUUUCUGAACUACAAGUUCGUUUCAAUGACUUGAAAGCAAACCCUGCUCACUUUACAACAAGGUUGAUUGGACGGGACAAUUCAAUUGUGAGACAUGGAAUCCAUGGAUUAUACUGGUUGUACAAUGUCGAUAUACAAAGUGCUUGGCUUGUUCAAGGUGAUAAUACGAUAUUUCUCACUCAACCAAGAAACCAGAGUGCUUUUCAGGAAAUUAUGUAUGACUACAUCCGUAUGGAAGGGCCCUCAAACUCUUAG